AUGGGCCUUCCACCCGCCCGCCGGGCCGCGCAGCCGCUGCUCCCGCUGCUGCUGCUGCUGCUGCUGCUGCUGCUGCCGCCGCCCGCACCAGGACCCGACACCGGCAUCGCCACCGACACCGGCAUCGCCACCGGGACCGGGACCGGCAUCGGCUUCGCCACCGGGACCGGCACCGGCAGCCGGAGCGGCACCGAGAUUCGCCCCCGCCUUCCCGACGCGCUCCCGGCACCGCUCCAGGCUCGCCGCGGCGGCACCGGGGACAGCGGCGGCACCGGGGACAGCGGCGGCACCGGGAACAGCGGCGGCACCGGGGACAGUGUCGGCUCCGCGCGGCCCCCGCUGAGCGAUGGGACCGCACCGGACCCCGGCAGGGACGGCGGCGGCGUUUGGGGGUCCCGAGGCACCGGCGGCACCGCGGGCGUCAGAGGCACCGCGAGCACCGGCGUCACUGGAACCACGAGGAACGCUGGAGACACCAGGAGCCUUGGAGGCACUGAGGAUGCUGGAGGCGCUGGGGACGCUGGAGGCGUCGGGGAUGCUCCUGGAGGCACCGGGGAUACCGGAGGCGCAGGGGAUACUGGAGGAACUGGAGACACCGGGAACACCCAUGUCCUCAGGGACAACGGGAGUGCCGCGGAUACCGGACACACCGGGAACACUGGCGUCCUCUCGGACAGCAAGAGCGCCAGGGCCAUGCUGAGCGCUGGGGGAGCUGGGGGCACUGGGGGCACCCCAGUCCUCAGGGACAUCAGGGAUACUGGAUACACUGGGGAGACUGGGAGAGACACUGGAAGCACCGGGAAAGUUCCCAGGAGCAGCAGAGACACUGGACAUAAUGAGGGGACUGGGAAAGUCACCAGGGACACUGAGAGCACCAGAGAAGUACCCAGGGACACCAGGAACUCUGGGAAUACUGGGCAUGCUGGGGGCACCAACAUCCCCAGGGACACUGAGAGCACCAGCAAAGUCCCCAGGGACACCAGGGACACUGGGAAUACUGGACAUGCUGGGGGCAACAACAUCCCCAGGAACACCAGGAACACUGGGAAUACCAGACACGCUGGGGACACCAGUGGCACAGGGGACACGAUGGGCUCCAGGGCUGUUGAGGACCCCCAGAUCAGGGCAGCCCCUGGACCCCCCGUGCUCCGCCCCCGCCGGAGCCCCAAUACAGCGCCACAGUUCCAACCCUCCAGCUAUCAGGCCACGGUGGAGGAGAACCGGCCCGCGGGGACGCCAGUGACACGGGUGACGGCGCAGGACCCUGAUGAGGGCGAGGCAGGGCGGCUGCUCUACGCCAUGACCGCGCUCUUUGACAGUCGCUCUGACGCCCUGUUCGCCGUGGACCCCGUGACAGGCACCAUCACUACGGUAGCGCCGCUGGACCGCGAGAGCAAGAGCACCCACGUGUUCCGCGUGACGGCGGCCGACCACGGCGCGCCCCGGCGCAGCGCCAUGGCCACACUCACCAUCACCGUAGGCGAUGCCAAUGACCACGACCCGUCCUUUGAGCAGCCCGAGUACCGUGAGAGCAUGCGGGAGAACCUGGAGGUGGGCUAUGAGGUGCUGACCGUGCGAGCCACUGAUGGCGACACCGGGCCCAAUGCCAACGUGCUCUACCGGCUCCUCAAUGCCGACGGCGCCAACGAGGUCUUCGAGAUUGACCCCCGCUCCGGUGUCGUCCGCACACGCGGCCCCGUGGACCGGGAAGUGGUGGACGCCUUCGAGCUGCUGGUGGAGGCGGCAGACCAGGGCCAGGAGCCCCGCAGUGCCACAGCCACCGUGCGCAUCGCGGUGGAGGACGACAACGACAACGCGCCGCAGUUCAGCGAGCGGCGCUACGUGGCACAGGUGCCCGAGGAUGUGGUGCCCAAUGCAGCCGUGCUGCGGGUGACAGCCACUGACCGUGACAAGGGCAGCAAUGCCCUGGUGCACUACAGCAUCGUCAGCGGCAACACCCGUGGCCACUUCUACAUCGAUGCCCAGACAGGCGCCCUGGACGUCAUCACCCCCCUGGACUUCGAGGUCACCAAGGAGUUCACGCUGCGCAUCCGGGCGCAGGAUGGCGGCCGCCCGCCCCUCUCCAACAUCAGCGGGUUGGUCACCGUGCAGGUGCUGGAUGUCAACGACAACGCCCCCAUCUUCGUCAGCACGCCCUUCCAGGCCACCGUGCUGGAGAACGUCCCUGUGGGCUACUCUGUCAUCCACGUGCAGGCCAUCGACGCCGACUCAGGGGACAAUGGCCGGUUGGUUUACACCCUGCUGGAGACCGGCGCCGGCUUCCCCUUUGCCAUCAACAAUGGCACCGGCUGGAUCGUGGUGGCCUCCGAGCUGGACCGGGAGGCCAUGGACUUCUACAGCUUCGGCGUGGAGGCGCAGGACCAGGGGAUACCCCCCAUGGCCUCCACGGCCAGCGUCAGUGUCACCAUCCUGGAUGUCAAUGACAACAGCCCUGAGUUCACCCAGAGGGAAUAUGGUGCCCGCCUCAACGAGGAUGCAGCAGUGGGGACGAGUGUCCUCACCGUGUCUGCCGUCGACCGCGACGCCAACAGCGUCAUCACUUAUCAGAUCUCCAGCGGCAACACCCGCAACCGCUUCUCCAUCACCAGCCAGAGCGGUGGGGGGCUCAUCUCGCUCGCCCUGCCCCUGGACUACAAACUGGAGCGACAGUACCUGCUCACCAUCGCAGCGUCCGACGGCACCCGCCAGGACACCGCCCUGGUGGUCGUCAAUGUCACUGACGCCAACACCCACCGUCCUGUCUUCCAGAGCUCCCACUACACCGUCAACAUCAACGAGGACCGACCGGUGGGCACCACGGUGGUGGUGAUCAGCGCCACGGAUGAGGACACCGGGGAGAAUGCCCACAUCACCUACCUGAUGGAGGACAGCAUCCCCCAGUUCCGCAUCUCCGCCAACACUGGUGCCGUCACCACCCAGAUGGAGCUGGACUACGAGGACCAGGUGUCCUACACCUUGGCCAUCACGGCGCGGGACAACGGCAUCCCCCAGAAAUCCGACACCACCUACCUGGAGAUCCUGGUGAGCGACGUCAACGACAACGCGCCGCAGUUCCUCCGCCACUCCUACCAAGGCUCCAUCUACGAGGAUGUCCCUGCCUUCACCAGUGUUCUGCAGGUCUCCGCCACUGACCGCGACUCUGGGCUCAACGGCAGGGUGUUCUACACCUUCCAGGGUGGUGAUGAUGGCGAUGGCGACUUCAUCAUCGAGUCCACCUCAGGCAUCGUCCGCACUCUGCGCCGCCUGGACCGGGAGAACGUGCCGCUCUACUCCCUGCGGGCCUUCGCCGUCGACAAGGGGGUACCGGUGCGGCGGACGCCAGUGGAGAUCCAGGUGACGGUGCUGGACAUCAAUGACAACCCGCCUGUCUUCGAGCGCGACGAGUUCGACAUCUUCGUGGAGGAGAACAGCCCCAUCGGGCUGGUGGUGGCCCGGAUCACAGCCACCGACCCCGAUGAGGGCACCAACGCCCAGAUCAUGUAUCAGAUUGUGGAGGGCAACAUCCCGGAGGUCUUCCAGCUGGACAUCUUCUCUGGGGAGCUCACGGCACUGGCCGACCUGGACUAUGAGGCCAAGGCUGAAUACGUCAUGGUGGUCCAGGCCACGUCGGCGCCGCUGGUCAGCCGGGCCACCGUGCACGUGCGGCUGCGCGACGUGAACGACAACAGCCCCCAGCUGAAGAACUUCGAGAUCCUCUUCAACAACUACAUCACCAACCGCUCUGGGAGCUUCCCUGGUGGUGUCAUCGGCCGCAUCCCAGCCCACGACCCCGACGUGUCCGACCGCCUCGCCUACGCCUUCGAGCAGGGCAACGAGCUCAACCUGGUGCUGCUGGACCCCCAGAGCGGGGAGCUGCGGCUCAGCCCCGCCCUGGACAACAACCGCCCGCUGGAGGCUGUCAUGAGGGUCUCUGUGUCCGAUGGCGUGCACAGCGCCAGCGCACAGUGCGUGCUGCGGGUAACAGUGGUCACGGACGAGAUGCUCAGCAACAGCAUCACCCUGCGCUUGGCCGACAUGUCACAGGAGCUCUUCCUGUCACCGCUGCUCGGCCGCUUCCUCGAGGGGGUGGCGGCCGUGCUGGGCACCCCCCGGCACCGCGUCGUGCUCUUCAACAUCCAGGCAGAUACGGACGUGGGGCCGGCGCGGAUCCUCAAUGUGAGCUUGUCGGCACUGCUGCCGCCGCCCGCGGUCUCACGCUUCUUCUCCUCCGAGGAGCUGCAGGAGCGGCUCUACCUCAACCGCUCGCUGCUGGCGGCCACCACGGCACAGCGAGUGCUACCCUUCGAUGACAACGUGUGCCUGCGCGAGCCCUGUGAAAACUACAUGCGCUGCGUGGCCGUGCUGCGCUUCGACAGCUCCGCGCCCUUCCUGGCCUCCGACACCAUCCUGUUCCGGCCCAUCCGGCCCGUGCCAGGGCUGCGCUGCCGCUGCCCGCCUGGCUUCACCGGCGACUACUGCGAGACCGAGAUUGACCUGUGCUACUCCAGCCCCUGCGGUGCCCACGGGCGCUGCCGCAGCCGCGAGGGCGGCUACGCCUGCGAGUGCCACGAGGACUUCACCGGGGAGCACUGCGAGCUGAGUGCCCGGGGGGGCCGCUGCACGCCGGGGGUCUGCCAGAAUGGGGGCACAUGCCUGAACCUGCUAGUGGGGGGGUUUCGGUGCCAGUGCCCCCCCGGGCACUACGAGAAACCCUUCUGUGCCAUGAGCACCCGCAGCUUCCCCCCCAAAUCCUUUCUCACCUUCCGUGGGCUCCGCCAGCGCUUCCACUUCACCCUUGGCCUCACGUUUGCCACGCGGGAGCGGGACGGGCUCCUGUUGUACAACGGGCGCUUCAACGAGCGCCACGACUUUGUGGCCCUGGAGAUCGUAGGGGAGCAGCUCCAGCUCACCUUCUCUGCAGGUGAGACCACCACCACUGUGGCCCCAUUUGUACCUGGGGGUGUCAGUGACGGGCAGUGGCAUCGGGUGCAGCUGCACUACUACAACAAGGCCGUGGUGGGGCGCUCGGGGGUCCCACAGGGCCCCUCGGAGCAGAAGGUGGCCGUGGUGGCAGUGGACGACUGUGACACGGCCAUGGCACUGCGCUUCGGGCACCGCCUCGCCAACUACUCCUGCGCGGCCCAGGGCACCCAGGGGGGCACCAAGAAGUCACUGGACCUGACGGGGCCGCUGUUGCUCGGGGGGGUCCCGACGCUGCCCGAGAGUUUCCCGAUCCGGAGCCGCCACUUUGUGGGGUGUAUGAGGCACCUGCAUAUCGACCAGCGCCCCGUGGACAUGGGCACCUUCAUCGCCAACAACGGCACCCUGCCCGGCUGCCCUCACAAGAAGACCCUCUGCGACCCCACCACGUGCCACAACGGGGGCACCUGCGUGCACGAGUGGGGGGGCUUCAGCUGCCGCUGCCCCCUCGGCUUCGGGGGCAAAACCUGCCAGGAAGAGAUGGCGACCCCGCAGCGGUUCGUGGGCAGCAGCCGCGUGGCGUGGGCGGGGCUGGCGCUGCCCCUCGCCCUACCCUGGCACCUCCGGCUCAUGUUCCGCACCCGCCACCCACGGGGGGUCCUGCUGAGGGCGGGGGCGGGGGGACGCCUCAGCCUUACCCUGCAGCUGAGCGAGGGGCAGCUGGAGGUGGGGACCUGGCAGGGGAGUGCCCCCCUGGCCGUGCUGCGCCUGCCCCAAGCCAAGGUAGACGACGGCGCCUGGCACCACGCGGAGCUGGAGCUGCGGGGGGGUGGGCCCGGCCACGACCCCCCAGCCACCCUCCUUCUCCUCACCCUCGACUACGGCCGCCACCAGGUGGUGGGCGAUGUGCCCGGGGAGCUGCAGGGGCUGCGGCUGCGGACCCUCAGCCUGGGGGGGCUGCCCGGGGAAGGAGGAACCGUGGAGGAGGGAUUCCGGGGGUGCCUGCAGGGGCUGCGCGUGGGGGACGCAGCGGUGACGGCGGGUGCCCUGAGCCUGGCACAGGCUGCCCAGGUGAACGUGGAGGGGGGCUGUGCCCUGCCCGACCCCUGCGACUCGGGGCCCUGCCCCCCCCACAGCUACUGCAGCAACGACUGGGACAGCUUCUCGUGCCGCUGCCACCCUGGGUACUUUGGGGACAGCUGUGUCAGCGCCUGUGCCCUGGACCCCUGCGAGCCCCCAGGCACGUGUGCCCGCCGGCCGGGCACGGCCCCCGGCUACACCUGCCACUGCCCCUCGGGCACCUUCGGCACCCUGUGCCAGCACCGGGAGGCCCAGCCAUGCCCGCGGGGGUGGUGGGGACACCCCGCGUGUGGCCCCUGCAGCUGUGACGCCUCGAGGGGCUUCGACCCCGACUGCAACAAGACCACGGGCGAGUGUCGCUGCAAGGACAACCACUACCGGCCCGCGGGCAGUGAUACGUGCCAACCGUGCGAGUGCUACCCCACGGGAUCGCUGUCGCGGCGCUGCGAUGCCACCAGCGGGCAGUGCCCCUGCAAGGCAGGGGUCAUCGGCCGCCACUGCGACCGCUGUGACAACCCCUUCGCCGAGGUGACAGCGGGCGGCUGCGAAGUGAACUAUGACAGCUGUCCCCGGGCCGUCGAGGCCAACAUCUGGUGGCCCCGCACCCGGUUUGGGCUCCCGGCAGCCGCACCCUGUCCCAAGGGCUCCGUGGGCACGGCCCUGCGCCAUUGCGACGAGCACAAGGGGUGGCUGCCCCCCAACCUCUUCAACUGCAGCACCCUGGCCUUCGCCGCCCUGCGCCCCUGGGCGGAGCAGCUGGUGGGCAACGAGUCGCGCUGGGACGCGGGGCAGUCACGCCGGGUGGCGCUGGCGCUGCGCGAGGCCACGCACGGAACCCGCGGGUACUUUGGCAGCGACGUGCGCCUGGCAUACCGCCUAGCAGGGGCUCUGCUGCGCCACGAGAGCCGCCAACGCGGCUUCCGCCUCGCCGCCACGCAGGACGUGCACUUCACCGAGAACCUGCUACGGGUGGGCAGUGCCCUGCUGGACGUGGACAACAAGCGGCACUGGGAGCUGAUCCAGCAGACGGAGGGGGGCACGGCCCAGCUGCUGCGGCACUUCGAGGAGUACGCGCGGGCCCUGGCACGGAACAUGCCCCAGACCUACCUGAGCCCCUUCACCAUCGUCACCCCCAACAUCGUGGUGUCGGUGGUGCGGCUGGACAAGAGCAGCCCAGCGGGUGCCCGCCUGCCCCGCUACGAGGCCCUGCGGGGGGAGAAGCCUCCAGACCUGGAGGCCACCGUCAUCCUGCCUGACAGCGUCUUCUGGUCCCCCGAGGGCAGGCGCCCCUCCAGCGGGCAUGGGCAGGCCCCUCCGGGCACGGGAGGGCAGGAGAAGGAAGAGGAGGAGGAGGAAGAGGCCGAAGAGGAGGAGGAGGAGGAGGACGACGGCGAGGUGACCGUGGUGACCCGGCACAGGCGACACCCGGCCCUUGGCGAGGGCCAGGCAAUCGCCAGCGUCAUCAUCUACCGCACCCUGGCAGGGCUCCUCCCGCCGCGCUUCGACAGCGACAAGCGCAGCCUCAGGGUGCCCAAGCGCCCCGUUAUCAACACACCCGUGGUCAGCAUCAGUGUCCACGCGGGGGGCACGGCGGGCACCCCCCGGGCACUGGCCAAGCCCGUCACCCUCCAGUUCCGGCUCCUGGAGACGCAGGAACGCUCCAAGCCCAUCUGCGUGUUCUGGAACCACUCCCUGCGGACGGGGGGCGCAGGCGGUUGGUCGGCGCGGGGCUGUGAGGUCGCCUUCAGGAACCGGAGCCACGUGAGCUGCCAGUGUCACCACCUGACCAGCUUCGCCGUCCUCAUGGACAUAUCCCGCCGGGAGAACGGGGAGGUGCUGCCCCUGGCGGCCCUGACCUACGGCUCUCUGGGGGUGGCCCUGGCGGGGCUGGUCCUGGUGGUGCUGGCCCUGGGCACCCUGCGGGGGCUGCACUCCAACCGCCACAGCAUCCGGCGGCACGGCGCCGCCGCCCUGUUCCUGGCACAGCUUGUGUUCCUGUUCGGCAUCAACCAGGCCGAGCUCCCGCUGGCCUGCACGGUGGUGGCCAUCCUGCUGCAGUUCCUGUACCUGGGGGCAGUGGGCUGGGGGCUGCUGGAGGCCCUUCACCUGUACCGGCGCCGCAGCGAGCCCCGCAGCGUGGACAGGGGGCCCAUGCGCUUCUACCACGUGCUGGGCUGGGGGCUGCCUGCCUUCAUCACCGGCCUGGCUGUGGGGUUGGACCCCGAGGGUUACGGGACCCCCGAGUUCUGCUGGCUGGCCCUGCACGACCCCCUCGUGUGGAGCUUGGCCGGCCCCGCCGCUGCCGCCCUCGCUGUCGGCAUCUUCUUCCUGGUGCUGGCGGGCAGGGCCGCGUGCGCCACCCCACAGGGCUUCCAGAAGAAGGGCUCGGCGUCGGGAGUCCGCACAGCGGCCGUGCUCCUGGUUGUGCCCAACCUGGCCUGGCUGCUGGCCCUGCUGUCGGUGAACAGUGAUGCCCUGCUGUGCCACUAUCUGUUUGCUGCCUCCAACUGCCUCCAGGGGCCCCUCGUGUUCCUGUCCUGUGUGGUGCUGAGCAAGGAGGUGCGGAGGAGCCUCCGCCUGAGCUGUGCCCGCCGCCACCACCCCCCACUGGCCACCAAGGCCACCCUGACACCCCCCCCCAGGGGGCUCGGGGGGGCUCGGGGCAGCCCGGCCAUGACGUCCCUGUGCCCAUGCCAGGCGUACAGCGGGGACAGCACGUAUGUGGCA